AUGACGAUUAUAUUUUGCAAGAAAUACUAUGCAGAAGACUUUGAAGAAAUAUUAGAAUGCCCAGUAUGCUUAGAAAUACCAAAUGGUGAAGUAUCCAUGUGUAUCACUGGUCACCACUUGUGUUGCAAGUGCAAAGAUUUACUUUUAGCAAUUGGAAGCAAUUGUCCUAUUUGCGAAGCUACUUUUAGUACCAGCAGAAAUUUCACAGUUGAAAAAUUGUGUCAGAAAUUUGAAGACAUAAGAAGUUCUAUUUUAGAUCCAAGACAUUCUUCUAACCGAAAAGUUAUAAAAAACAAAACAUCUGUAUAUGUCCAAACAGAUGAAAUUUUAAGUAACAAAAAUAUUUUGACUGAAAACAAUAAUAUGGAUUCUAAGGAAAAAGAUUCUUUGAUUAUUAACACAAAUAAUAACAUGACAACUUUAUCAUAA